CAUGGAUGAUCUCAACGGAGUAGAUAUUAAAGUUACAUUUAAAUAUAAAAAACAAUGGAAUGCUCUAUCGUUCUUAUGUUUUACAUGCUACAAAAAAUCCUGUCAAUGGUCAGAACACUGGAAUAUUUAUCUAAAUGCUCCUAUGAAAUGCAAAGUCAUCAAAGUUCCAUUCGCCAAAAGCCUUUAGUCUGAAUCAGGAAAAGAAGGUCAGCAUGCAAAAUAAUUCAAGACGCAUAUCAACAUUACUCUGCCAUCGAGUUUCUCAGUCAUGGAUGAGAAUGCAGAAAGUUGGAAUAUAUGGGACGUCUAGAAUUGGCAACAGAGAAGUAGUUGGCUUUGGAAUGAAUGGAACAUACAGCUAUCUUGACAGAGUGGAUUUUCCAUUUCCUGCUAUACGAUUUCGUCGUUCAACUCCUGAGCUAAUGGCACUUCGCGAAAAGGAACGAGGGGAUUGGCGUAAGUUGAGCAUUGCUGAGAAAAAGUGUCUGUACAGAUCAAGUUUUUGUCAGACUUUCGCAGAGAUUGAAGCUUCUAUGGGAGAAUGGAAAUCUAUUCUAGGAUGGACAUUGUUUCAUAUAGGUCUUGCUCUUUGGCUAUGGAUAAUAAUACAUAUAUUUGUGCACAACGAGGCGCCAGCGUCUUUCAGUCCUGAGAGCAGAAUUCAACAGUAUUAUAGACAAGUGGCUAUCAACAACCAACCGUUCUCAGGAAAUUAUCGACCACCUGGUGCAGAGUUAAGAGUACCACUUAUGCGCAUUAUGAACCAAAGAUAGCAGGCCACGACCAAUGGGCAAAGAGCAUCGAGGUGAGAUGUUAUAAAUCAGACCCGAAGCAUUUUAUAAAGUCAUAGGGUAACUGUAUUUGGUUGAGAUAAUCGGUAUUUGUAGGAGAAAUAGAUACUGUUAUCUCCAUCGAUUAUAUACGAGAUAAAAUAUUCACAAUCUUCAUGAAGAGCAUAGCGU